AUGCUGAAAAUAGAUAACUAUUCUAACCAAAAAAUGCUUUAGUGCUUAUAUUGUCUUUCAGGGCAAACAAUUAAAUUUCUUCCUCUGAAAUAAAUACUUGAUAGUAACUAAUCAACCUUAUUUAAAGGAUGGCCAAUAUUAGAUGACUCUGAGAUCUAUGAUUAGCUUAUGCUAAUACCUUAAAAAGAGGAACUAAUAAAGUAAAGAAUUCAAGAUGUUCAAAUUUUCUAUAAACUUUUAAGGGAUGAAAUUAAUUUAUUGAUUGACAAGAAAGAAAAAGAUUCAUUAGUGAAUAUUGAAAAGAGAUACUAAAGCUUUGAAUAUCCAUUGGAUUUAUACAAUAGAAUUUGCUAAAAAGCAAAACUUAAAGAUAUCAUACUCAAUUAAUACAAAGAUUUUCAUAAUUAAAAUCAAGCAUUUUCUCUAAUUGUAAAAGAAAACAUUGAAAAACAAAAAGUUUAUUAGGAAUAAAUGCUUAAUUCUCUUAAAACAUUUUAAGGUUAUAAAGUGGAUUUGGUAUCUCAAAAUUAAAUAAAAGAAUAAAUUAUUCAGCUUAUCAAUUAAAUUAACGAUUUUUCAAUAGCUUAAGAAAAUAAGAAUAUUUUAUAGGUUUCACAAAACUCACGAUCUAAGGAAAUUAAAUAGACUAAAACAAAAUAAUUAAAAUAUACUCACUCAAAGAUCUUCACAAUAUUUAAAAUUUCUAAAAUAUAGAAAUUAAUUUAUGGUAAUUUAAUUAAUUUUAUUUCAAAUUUAUUUAUGGAAAAUUAAAUUUAUAAAAAAUAUUAUUAAAAAAUGAAAAAAAUGUAUAAUGAAAAAUAAUUUAGUAAAUUAUGA